GACACGAAAUGUCAGUCGCGAUGAUUGGUGAAAUUGAAAUGUACGAGUUGAAUUGAAAGUGCGAAUAUUUGAUAUUGUGAUUAGUUCAUCAACUUGGAUAAUCCCUGGACCGCGGGAAAGAACCGGUUGGAAAUUUGUUAUUAUCUAGGACAACUUUGCAGAUUUCCCAUCAUUCCGCUACAGAUUACUUCACAGAACCAAAACUUCUGCCAACACCCCGUCCGCUCGUACCGCUGCACCGAAACCAACUGACAGUUGGACAAAAUUCAAAAAAGAGACGACAACACAAACCAAAGCGGCGCAAAUUGCUCAACAGAAUCAAAUUGGAAGCCGCAUCGAGUUGCGUCGCGCGUCGGUUAUCAAAAUCUGCAUUUUUCGAGUGUUUUUUUUUGUGAAAGCGAAACAAGAUGCCGCCGCGGAAGCGUAAAAUCAAGGUGGUGGCCACGUCCCCGGAGAAGCCGCGGUUCAACUUUGAACUGAUCGAAACGGUUCUGAAUGGGCAGAAGGACGAAAAGAACCAUCCAAAUUUGAUCAAAAAGCUGAAGGAGUUGUAUCAGAAGAUGCCUCACGAUACGUUUAUGCGGUCGUUUAUCCAAUCGCUGAAAGCGCCGAUGUGUCUGGAAGAGGGCAACCCCUUUGCCAACAAUCGACUGAAGCUGUGCGCUACUUUCAUCGCCGACCCGAUCUACUGCGAGCAGGAGGAAACCCACCCGCUGAUCAUGGCCAUCUUUGACUUUCUGCUGUCCACAAUCAGCCAAAACGCGAUCGUUCGGUUCCGGAUCUGUCAGUUUGUAAACAUGGUUCUGAACGCCAUGGGACCGGAGGCAUCGCUGGACGAUGACAUCUGUGAUCGGAUCCUGAAGUAUCAUCUGGAACGAAUGCGGGACGUGACGCCGUCGGUUCGCGUCCAAGCCGUGUUGGCGCUGCAACGGCUGCAAGACCCGGAAGAUCCGGAAGACGACGUGUUCCGCAUUUACAUAUUCCACAUGGAGUCGGACGUGUCGCCGAUUGUCCGGCAAGCGGUCAUCACGUCGCUGGGUCGCAACUACCGGACCAUUCCGUACAUCCUGGAGCGGCUGUGGGACGUCGACGAGCGCGUCCGGCGGCACACGUACAUCCAGAUGAGCAGCUACCCGGUCAAGCAGUACAAGGUGGCCCAGCGGUUGACCUUUUUGGAGCAGGGCCUAAACGACCACUCGGAUAAGGUGCAGCGUGUGGUGAAGAAUGUGCUCAUUCCGCAGUGGUUCGAGUCGUACCAGAAGAACUAUGUGGCGUUCGUGAAGGCGCUCAAGAUCGACGCGGACGAGAAGGAGAUGGAACGGUUCGCGAAGACAGCCAAGCUGGCGCUGGGGGAGAUCUUUGCAAAAUACGGCAUCAACGACGCCACCACGAUGCUCGGGCUGCGCGAGGAGGACAAAACGAUCCCGCUGGAGAACCUCACCAUCGAGACGGCCAUCUGCUGGCAGGCGCUGCUCGAGUUCCUCCAGCACACCGAGUCGGACGAGCUGGACGCGUACAUGGUGGACCUGACGGCGUUCUGCAACUACAUCAAGACCUUCGCGGACACGCCGACGCAGUGCAACUACAUCCGGCAGCUGGCGGACGAUCCGUCGAUGACGACGGACAAGCUGCAGAAGAUGUACUUCCAGUCGAUGAUGCAGGUGCUGCUGGAGAUUGUGGCGUCGUACGACCUGGGUGACGAGGUUGGGCGGGAAAAUUUGAAGAAGGUGCUGGCGGAGAUGCUCGCUUGUGGUGAUCUUGGCGAGGGAAAUGUGAAGACCAUUAUGACCAUCUUUGAGCGGUUGGUGGGUGAUGUGGAGGAGCGGUUCCGAUUUUGUGUGGAUUUGAUUAAUGGGAUUUUGGAACCCUCGCGGGCGGACGUUUCCAACUCGUCGCGAUCGCUGGUGGAUGAGUAUUUGGAGAAGAACCCGGACAAGAGUCUGCAGAUGAAGAUUUCAUCGCUUCGGUUGAACAUAAUGGACUUGAAGGAGCAGGAGAUGGACAAGGUCAACAAGAAGGAUUAUGGUGGGGCGCAGCGAGUGUCGGACGAGUUGACCGCGGCGAAUGAUGAGUACGCUGCACUGUUGAAGCCGAUCUUGAUGAAGGUUUCUUCGGCCGGCGACGGUUCGAUCUUCGGAGAGUCGAUGCUCAAACCCAAGAAGAUUACCAAUUCAACGAUCAACAAGUGUCUGCAGAUUUUGUACUAUUUGGUGAACAGCAGCUCGGUCAAGUCGUUGACGCCGAUCGUGUGCGAGCUGAACAAGACGUUCAUCAGUCGCUACGUUGAAUCAUCGGUUAUUGAUACGCGGGAUUGGGCACUCAAGUGCUCGAUCACGUUCAGCAUGCUGUACGAUGGUCUGUCCAAGGAUACGUUCCAGCUGUUGUACCAGCAGUUCUUCCGUAAUCACUGUACAAGAAUUUGGGAGACGUCGAUUUCGGGUAUUUUCGAGCUGCUCGAUCGUUACGGAUUUGAGCACUUUGACGUGGAAUCCAAAAAGGACGAAUCGCGCAAGAACUCCCGACAGUUGUUCAACACGCGCGACUAUCUGGACCAGGACGAUGAAGGGAAUAGCUCAAACACCGGCUCGGGAGUUGAUCUGAUGAAGAUGAUGACUCACUUCUUCGAGACGUGCGAAGACAGCGUCAUCUGCAUGGCGAUCGUGGACGGCUUCUGCCGAAUGAUCGUUCGCGGUCACUACACUUCGCCGGACAUCAUGGCCAAGCUACUGCUGAAGUACUUCAAUCCGACGACGGAACCGAAAAUGCAGCAAAUUUUGAGUAUCUUCCACGAGUCGUUGAUCAAGAAGAAACGUCAGGAGAUUCUGCAAAAGGCACUGUUGACGACCCUGUUCACCAUCCUGGAAGCGCCCAACGAGAACCCGCUGCACGAGGUCAAACCGGAUCACGUGCUGCGAUUCGUGAUCAACUCCACCAAACCGGUGUUUUGCAGUCCAGGAUUGAACCCGCACAACACGAUCGCCAUGUCUUUCCUCGAAGUCAUGAAGGACAACCUUACAUACAAAGAUCUGCUCAAACUGCUCAGCAAAGAACUGCUAACGCUGGAGAUCUCCGACGAUCAAAUGCUCAAAAACGAUCUCAUCACUUGCACCACCCAGAUCUGCGAAGAACCAACGCUCGACCCCAAGAUCCUCAAAAACCUCAACGACUUCAAGCAGAUCCUACAGGGAACCUACCGCGAACCUCUAACCUUCUCCUCAACCCGAGCACCUCCGCUCGCUGCCGAGGACCAGGAAGCUGAACAGCAAAACUCCGACGCCGAAGAGGCCCCGGAAGUUGCCGAAGAAGAACCCAGCACUCCCCGCGAAUCCAUCAUCCCGCUGAUCAACAAAUCAUCCCUGGACAAAGACAACGAACCCCCACCAAAAUCUCCAGCAAAGGCACCAAACACCGCCGCUGCCACCCCAGUCUCCCCGGUGACCCCAACCACCUUCGGCUCGGGCAACACUUCCGGCAUGAGGUCCCUUCGCAAAUCGAUGAACUUCGCACCGCCUACCGAAAAGUCCACCCCAAAAGAUAUCUUCAAAGUGCCGGACGCCAACGCCACCAAAAAACUGCGCGCGCAGCAGCAAAAGAAAGCUGCCGCUGAUAAAGCGCCAGAACCUACGCCAACCCCCGAACCGGAUUCACCACCACCAGCGGAAGAAUCCGCCCCCGGCGAAUCCCCGCUGGAAGCGUCGUCCUUUGCCAUUCCGUCCACGCAGGACACCAGCGUGGCCGACUCCUCGCUCGACGGCGAUCGCUCGAUACUGCACCUGGAAAUUCCGGAAACGCAGCAGGCUCCCGAAGAUCGCGAGCCCGAGCAGGAAUCGGAAGUGAUGUCGUCACCGGAGGUGGUGGUCAAGCGCACUCCCACCAAGCGGAAACCGGCGGCCAAGAGCAGCAGCGAAGAAGCCGUGUCGGCUUCGUCGGACGAAUCAUCGCCGGCGAGCAGCCGGAAACGGCUAGAUGGCAGUUUGGAGGAGGUCGGACCAUCGCCGAAUGCAACGAUUUCCCGCUUUGACCGGUCCGUGGUGCGCCCGCUGGUAAAAGCUUCCGCCAAAACCCUGGUGGAGGCCUCCAAGGGAACUACGCCGGUGGCGUUGCCGCGAACCCGCGGCGUAGCCCGUAACGAGACAAUCAACUCGAAGGUUCAAACGCGCAAAUCACUCACGGAAAUUACCAGCAAAAAGGGAUCCACCAGCCUGACCGGAAUUGAACCGUUGUCACGAAGUCCUACGCGGAAGGAACCUAGCCCGACCCGGAAGAAGGAGGUCGCCAGCAAAUCCGCACCGAAAAAGGCGCCUGAAGUGGCCAAACCGGCGCAGAAAAAGACUCCUGAAGCGUCCAAGGAAAAGAAAAGCCCAGAACCCAGCAAAAAGAAAGAAGUGGAAAAACCGGCCACCGUUUCAACUCGAACUACGCGAACUUCCGUAGAACCGCCAAAAAGCGCCAAAACGGCCAUGGAACGUCGCAAGAUUUACGCCGCCAACCUAAAGUCCAAAACGGAUUCAAAAAGCAAAAAAUCCACAGAAGAACCAACAACAACAAAGAAGGACUCAACUCCGCCCGUCCAGAAGCGGACCGCCACUCGGCGAACCCUGGAAAAGUCCCCCGCCGUGUCGUCCCCGAGCACGCGAUCGUCGCGAGCCACGACCACGUCGGAAAAGCUCUCCCCACCGGCCAAGAAACCGUCACCCUCGGGGGAAGCCGCCACAACCGGAUCGAGUGGAGGAGUCACGAUGCGCAAGGGCGUUCGGGGUCGAGGCAAAACGUCGAGCAGCACCACAACAGAUUCGCCGGCGGCCAAAUCGAGCACUUCGGGAACGAGUUUGUCGAGCAGUUCAAGCGGAUCGCUGUCCCGCGGCAACCGAACGCCGAGCUCGCGGCGGUCGUUGCGGUCCUCCAAGGGGUCGACGUCGUGAGGGAAGAGGGUGCCUGAGUUGGUGGAUGAACUAUUUCGUACCUCUUAAGAUUCGUAAUAUAACACAAUGUAGGUUACAUCUUCUUUUAAUAUAACAUGUUUGUCAUUUUGAAAAA